GUUUCCUCCUUGCCGAUUAAAAUUGGUGAUUUAACUCUUUUUGAUUUACAACAGUUCCCCCAGUUAGGAGCCGUGUUACCUGGGGUGUUCAGAACUGGAGAGGACAGAGCCCUGGGGAACAGACCUCAGGGGACAGUCCUGCCCUGGUCAAGGUUGGGGAGCCCAGAUGGCCCCAUCAGGCUUUUCCACCUUCUGGGUGGGUUACUUGGGGUGUGGGGCUGGAGGGGGCGCGCGUCUCCAGGUGAGCUGACCUGGCAAGGCUCCUUCUGCCCUCUAGGUAAGAUCCUGGACCGUCUGAUCUAUGAGAACACGCCGCUCACCGUGCUAGAGCUGGGCACGUACUGUGGUUACGCCACCAUCCUCAUGGCCCAGUGUCUGCCCAUGGGUGCCCGGCUCUACACCGUGGAGAUGGACCCACGCAAUGCCGCAGUGGCCGAGAAGGUCAUCCGCCUGGCCGGCUUCGACGAGGACACUGUGGAGCUGAUUGUGGGCGCCUCGGAGGAGGUGAUCCCGCAGCUGAAGGAGAAGCACGGGCUGCUCAAGGCCGACUUUGUCUUCAUGGACCACUGGAAGCGCUGCUACCUGCGGGACCUGCAGCUGCUGGAGGCCCACGGCCUGCUGCUCGAGGGAGCCACCAUUGUGGCCGACAACGUGGUCUUCCCUGGCGCGCCCCACUUCCUGCAGUACGUCAAGACCUGUGGCAAGUACCAGUGCAAGAUGCACAGGACCAGCUUGGAGUACUUCCGGGCCAUCCCCGACGGCAUGGCCGAACUCACCUACACCGGCCUGGACUGAGCUCUCGCGGCCAAGGUGGGGCUGGCAGGCUGGGCCUCGUCCUGCCCUGCCAGGCUGGGCCUCGUCCUGCCCUGCCAGGGGUCCAGCCAGUGCUGCACCAGAGCUGAGGGGUGUCUGGGCUUGGGGGCCAUGUAGAGAUGCCCAAAGGCUGGGGCUGGG